UUGCUUCAACUCACUGGCACAAAAUAUCAAAGAAGCGUACCAGAAAAGUGGGUCGUGAACUAAAUCGAAUUCGACAAAAUAAUCCACAACAUUCUUUAAUAUACAUGAGCCCGUUGAUGAUGUGGAUUUUUCGAUGUAAUCCUAUACCAAGUCCGAGAGCGAGUCAAGUUGGGAUCAAGAGCUUUACGGAGAAAGCGCUCUAG